AAUAGACACGCCUACUAAUAUUUUUACAACUCAAAUUGCAAAGUAAAAGUAACUCCAAUUUGCUCAAUUAUGGAUGAGAAUCAUCCCAGAGUAUUGAUACCUGAAUUAUGCAAACAGUUCUACAGUUUAGGUUGGGUCACUGGAACUGGUGGAGGUAUCAGCAUCAAAUACAAAGGUAGUAUUUAUGUUGCACCUUCUGGAGUUCAAAAAGAAAGAAUUCAAUCGAAUGAUCUAUUCAUUGUUAAUGAAGAUGGAGAAAUAAUGGAAACACCAUCAAGGGCGGAGCUUAAACCCAGUCAAUGCACUCCACUCUUCAUGGCUUGUUACAAGAUGAGAAAUACCGGAGCUGUCAUUCAUACUCAUUCCAAGUCUGCUGUCAUGGCAACGCUAUUGAGUGACAGUAACGAAUUCAAAAUAAAGAACAUGGAAAUGAUCAAAGGAAUAAAGAAAGGAGAUACAGGAAUUAAUUACAAUAAUGAUGAUAUGCUUAUUGUCCCAAUUAUUGAAAACACAAGACAAGAAAAUGAAUUGACGGAUCGUCUGGUCACUGCUCUGACCUCAUACCCUGAUACUAAUGCUGUGCUAGUGAGGAGACACGGAGUCUAUGUAUGGGGAGAGAGCUGGGAGAAAGCAAAAACAAUGUGUGAAUGUUAUGAUUAUCUGUUUGACAUUGCUGUGGAGAUGAACAAGUUAGGAUUGGACACCACAUUGUAAUGAAUGACUAUCAUUGACAGGUUGUAUUGUAAGAGCAUUAUUGUUAUUAUUAUUAUUAUUAUUAUUAUUAUCAUCAUCAUUAUUUUUGUUAAUGUUAUACAUCAUUUGUUAGCUCAAAGUA